CCAGUAAAGAGUUACAUGCGCACUCGGUCUUGAACAGACCUUUUUCUACCCUUUUUUAAUUAUUAUUACUAUUCUCAUGGCAAGCAAAGGAUUAGAAAAAACACUCGAGAAGCUUCGAAACUCUGUCUAUGCAGGCAACUUUUACGAAGCUCAUCAGAUGUAUCGCACUGUAGCUAGAAGAUAUAAUAAACAAACCAAAUACAAUGAUACUAUUCGUUUACUUUUUGAUGGUGCUGUUCUCUUGUUGCAGUCAAAACAAUAUGGUUCUGGUUCUGACUUGGCCAAUUAUAUGAUUGAUACCUAUAAAUUGGCUCAUGUGCCUGUCGAUGAAGCUUCUUUAGGACGUGUUGUGGAUAUCCUCGCCUUGUUCCCUGUAGAUGAAGCAGGUCGGAAAGCCUUUAUUAGCAGCGCUUUUAGAUGGACAAAGGCUGAUGGUGAAUUUCCAGAAGGCGACCCUGAACUUCAUCAUUAUAUUGGCACCAUGUUCUUUCAUGAAAAGAAAUAUAAUUUAGCAGAGGAUCAUUUACUCUUGGGUACACCAGAGAGUGCUAAAUUACUCGGUCAAGUUGCUUAUGCAUGGGCAACGGAAGAAAAAGUGCCAACAAAAGGUAUUUUCCUUGCCCGUAUGGUAUUACAAUUUUUGGCUGCUAAAGACAUUCAUCGUGCUACCUUGACAUUUUCCAACUUUAUUGAAUCUGGUGCUCAACCUGUAGCUGCAGAAUCCAAAGUACGUCAUGCUCCUGCUGAUGAACCUAGUCCUGUUCAAGUGUUUUCAGAUCCCUGGAUGAACUUUACUCAACUUGUGUUGCUUUCGGUUCAAAGAGAUGCAGCUGAUUUAUUCCAACAACUCAAGCAGAAAUAUGGCCCACUUUAUGGCCAAGAAAACAGUUUUGUAGAGCUUAUUGAGGAUAUUGGUGUUGUGUUCUUCAAUAUUCCCAAGCCUAGAAAGCAAUCAAACAUGAUUCAAGAAAUGAUGGCUAGUUUGUUCUCUGGAGGAGCAGAAGGAAACCUUCAAUUAGGUGCACCAAAGCCAAACGAAGAUCUUGACUAAAUAAAUAAAUAAAAUGUAUAAAUUCUGAUUACUGUUUA